UUUGCCAUCACAUUCAAAAUGAGGCGAACUUCUAAAUUGACUACUUUUUCUUUGCUGUUUUCUCUGGUUUUGCUGAGUGCUGCCUUGGCACAGAAUUGUGGUUCACAGGGCGGAGGCAAAGUUUGUGCGUCGGGACAAUGUUGCAGCAAAUUCGGGUGGUGCGGUAACACUAAUGACCAUUGUGGUUCUGGCAAUUGUCAAAGUCAGUGUCCAGGUGGCGGCCCUGGUCCUGGUCCUGUUACUGGUGGGGACCUCGGAAGCGUCAUCUCAAAUUCUAUGUUUGAUCAAAUGCUUAAGCAUCGUAACGAAAAUUCUUGUCAAGGAAAGAAUAAUUUCUACAGUUACAAUGCCUUUAUUACUGCUGCUAGGUCUUUUCCUGGCUUUGGUACAAGUGGUGAUAUCAAUGCCCGUAAAAGGGAAAUUGCUGCUUUCUUUGCCCAAACCUCCCAUGAAACUACUGGAGGAUGGCCUUCCGCACCUGAUGGACCAUUCGCAUGGGGUUACUGUUUCCUUAGAGAACGAGGUAACCCCGGUGACUACUGUUCACCAAGUAGUCAAUGGCCUUGUGCACCUGGAAGGAAAUAUUUCGGACGAGGCCCAAUCCAAAUUUCACACAACUACAACUAUGGGCCAUGUGGAAGAGCCAUCGGAGUGGACCUUUUAAACAAUCCUGAUUUAGUAGCCACAGACCCAGUCAUCUCAUUCAAGACUGCUAUCUGGUUCUGGAUGACCCCUCAAUCACCAAAGCCUUCUUGCCACGAUGUCAUCAUUGGAAGAUGGAACCCAUCUGCCGGUGACCGAUCAGCCAAUCGUCUUCCUGGAUUUGGUGUCAUCACAAACAUCAUCAAUGGGGGCCUAGAAUGUGGUCGUGGUAAUGACAACAGGGUACAAGAUCGAAUUGGAUUUUACAGGAGGUAUUGCGGAAUUCUUGGAGUUAGUACUGGUGACAAUCUUGAUUGCGGCAACCAAAGGCCUUUUGGCAGCUAAUUCUAUCUAAUAACUUCAUUAUAUGUUUUGUUGUAUUCUCGCACAAUGCAAGGAUCAACGAUAAAAUGAAGUUAUAAUAAUAUGAUUGUAGUUUGAUUAGUACCAUGGCUAUAUAUAGCCGUGUUCAAUAAUAAAUAAAGAUUUUUAUCUAAGAUA